AUGCCGGACUGUCAGAAUGCAUUGCACACAGCUGAUGCGCUAUCGAUAGCGAUAUCAACCGAAAGCUGGAAUUUCAAUCCAAUUGCAUUCAAUUUAAAUAUGAAGGAAAAAAAGAAAAAGACCCGCAAAACGGCCAAUAAACCGAAGGAAACUUCAGAUACCCAGAAAAAGAAGAUAAUUGAACUGCUGCAUGAGUACAACGACCUGAAGGAUGCCACACAGCGCGUCCUGGAAGCCUUGGCGAACCUAAAAUGCGUACCCGUCGGAUCGGUUUAUGCUACUUACAACCUUCCCCACGACGAAUAAAAUAAGCGCUUUUAAGACUGUUAUCUUUAUGUACUUGUUGUAAACAACUUGUAAUACAACUGAGUGCAUGUAAAUGCUAUAUUGCUGGGCAGUCCAUGAGGCUUCUGCUAUUAAAUCCACCUAAAACUA